AUGUCCAGGAGGUCAAGCAGCGGUUCAUUAAUUAAUCACCUUGACUGCCCUGAAUUACCGUAUUUUGAGUGGGACGACAUUAUCGCCGGUCAGCCCGUUAACCUCGACAUUGUCCUCUCCGACAUCUACGCAGGUUCGGGAUCCGCGACUGUCGCCACUGCGUUGGAUUGGCCUUGCGUGAGCAUAUCGCUUCGCGUUCCCUCAUCGAACACAUGA